AUGAUUCCUGUUUCUUCGUUGUUGUCAGAUAAGGAGUUUCCUUCGACACCAGAACCGGUUCAGUUCCCUGUCAAAAACACGCCACCUCCAGUUAGUGCAAAAAAGAAGGUUCGUAAAAAUGUCAAAACCGGUAAAGUUCAGAAACCAAAGGAUACGCCUCCUACGAUAAUCAAUGUGGAGAUCCCCUUAUCUACACAUAACGAUGUCCAUGCAGAGCAUAGUUUGGCUAAACUAAUUGAAGAAAAAUAUGGUACAUCGGCAAAUAAUAUCUCCAAGAAUCUGUGGAACAUUGACGAUGAGGAAGAUGAAGAGGGAGAGGAAGAUGACGAGGUAGAGGACGACGAAGAAGAAGAAGAAGAAGAGGAUGCAGAUUUAGAAGACCUAUUGGAUGAUGCUGUAGAUGAAGAAGAAGAGGAGGAUGAGGAUGAGGAUGAAGAAGCCAAUGAAGAAGCUGAAGUUGGAGAUGAUGCUGAUACCGAUGCUAACGCUGAAGAGGACGAGAUUGUACGAGCAUUGAAGAUCAAGUUUACGCCGGGGAUGAGCGAUGCAGAGAAGGAGAAACUUGUCUUGAAGGAAAUUCAUCGGCGAAAGAUGGUUACAAAUAAGAGGAUCGGUAAAUACGACACACAAGAUCCCUUCAUCGAUGAUGAAGAAUUGAUUUACGAAGACGACGUCCAUGCAAAUGCGGAUGGAUGGUUUGUCUGGUAUGGUCCAUUAGAGAAGUCAAGCAGUAUUAACAACAAGAACAAUGGUAAAAACAGGUCACUGGAAGUGCAAUCACCUCCAAAACUGCAGAAAGCAGUACAAAAACCUACAAGGCGUCGUAGACAAGCUCCUCAGUCCAAGCCAAAGGUUCCAGAAACGCCAGCAACACCUACAAGCACACAAACAAAUGAGUCCAAAACUGUUGAUGUCAAGCCAACCACUAAUCCCUCACGUGGUAACGCUAACAUGGUGGAUACUCUAAAAGAGACAGGUCAGCAGCAACAACAACAACAACAACCGUCUAAUCUCAUUAUUGGAUCCUUCUCGUUUCAGUGA